GACUGAAAUGAACUACUUGCAAACGAGCUUACAUUAUAAGAUCGUCCGAAAUCUGUAUACUACUUAUGCACAAUUUCUAACGUUGAGUGUUUUGGAUGAGUGAACACUACCGUAUAAGCUCAUGCGCGAAAUUAUGUGUAUCGAUGACCAAUUUUAUCAUGGCGAGAUAAGUAGACAAGCAUCAUCGUUAUCAAUACAAUGUUUUAAGUGGCCAUUGUACGACACCAUCGAAGCUUAUCAUUUCUCUUCAACGAUUAGUUGUCAUUUUAGUCUACGGAAUUUAGGUGUUCAAACAGUAUCGUUUAGUACAAGAUUCCAUUUCUCAUUACAUUUAGUUUCAUAAAACAAAUUGAAUUGGAUUCUCCAUUAGAAUAAAAUAAAUACAAAGUGAUCAUGAUCAAUAACAAGGAUGCAGUUGAUCCGAAAAAUGAUAAAAACGAAAUAGAACAAAACCAAGAGGCAGAUGCGGAUUAUUAUGCUCUGAAGAAAUGGGAGCUAGGGUUUCUAAGACGAGAAUGCGUUAAUCUAGGGUUGGAGGUAUUCUAUAACAAGUAUAUGGCAAGAGUUCAACGGAGUUAUUUAUCCAUAUUUGUAGUUCUUCAAACUUUUAUUAGCAUAGCUCAUGUGGUAGUGAUAGUCACAGGAGAACAACAUCCAACCGCUGCUAUACACCCUGAUUUAAUUUGUUACACUUUUGGAAGUUUGAUAGUCUGGGUGUCAUUGUUUGCAGCUUUUAAAGAAAGACUGAUAAAAGCACACCCCUGGGUGCCAUACGUUACUUCUUGCGCAGCAAUUUUUACACUCAUAGUAGCCGAUAUUAUGAUACCACUUUAUCAUGCAGCUGUUACCUUCAUGAAUCCUCCAUUGCGACCAUCGUAUGCCAAUCAUAUAAUAUUCGCAAUUUACAUCUUCCUACCACUUAGUGAAAAUUAUCAUGUAAUCAUACUGGGCGGUGCUACUACCGUAUGCUAUUUGAUAAUAAUGGCACUAAUUUCUUAUCGUUUGGAAUCUGACAUGAUCAUUAAAGUGACAACUGAACUGAUUUAUUUUCUAUGCCUCAAUUUGUUUGGCUUAUAUUUUCGAUUGAUAAAUGAGAUAGCUAUCAGGCGAACAUUCUUGGAUAGAAGGGAAUUAGUUGAAGGGAACCUUCUUUUGAAAUUCGCAAGAAAUCAAGAGAAAGAAUUACUGUUAAGUAUAUUACCGGAACAUACCGCUGAGCUUAUGGAGAAAGACAUACGAGUGAUGAUUGAAAAAAUGCGCAACGGUCAUCAUAACAACAUCAACCCACAAAACUUCUUCAGAACCGGUACACAAUGGCGAUCUAUCAACAAGCUCUACGUACAAAAACACACAAAUGUUACAAUCCUCUACGCAGACGUGGUCAACUACACGUACAUUACCACACAGUUACCGGUCAAAUCUUUGGUGGACGUCCUCCAUGAGCUUUUUGUUAAAUUCGACGAGGCUGCAAAAGAGUUUAAUGUGUUGAGAAUCAAAUUUUUAGGUGACUGUUACUACUGUGUUUCCGGAGUUCCUAUUAAGAACAAAUAUCAUGCGAAAAGUUGUGUCGAUUUGGGAUUACGAAUGAUUAAAGAUAUCCGUGAUGUACGGAUGUCAAGAGAUCUCAAUAUAGACAUGCGGAUAGGUAUCCAUUCGGGAAGCAUAAUAUCAGGUGUAAUCGGAGCAUGUAAAUGGCAAUAUGAUAUCUGGUCCAAGGAUGUCAUAAUAGCAAAUAAGCUGGAAUCUACUGGAGAAGCUGGGAAAGUCCACGUUACAAUGCAAACACUUGAACUGUUGGAUGGGGAAUACAUUUAUGAAGACGGUACAGAAAAGGCUAAAGUAGAUCCAGUGUUGAUGAAACACAAUAUUCAGACCUUCCUCAUAGUUCCACAGUUUAGUGAUGAUAGUAAUUACUAUGGGCUAUCGGAAUCUGCUACGAGUAGUCGAUUGUCAGUUGGCGUCAAAAGGAAAACGAUUCAAAUCAAGAAAGAACGAAGUCAAGUAACACGGAACUUUAUGCAAAAUUCUAUGGAGCAAUUCCGCGAAAUUAUGAAGCAAACAAAUGUUGAAAUGGCAAAGGAGUUGGAUGGAAUGCCAAUAGGAAAAUUCCAAUUCAAUAAAAUCUUUUCUACGAGACGAGAUACACUUCAGCAGCAAACAUCAUCAACACCAUAUUACUCCAAUGGAAGCACUAAUAAUGAAAAUAUCAACGAUAGUCGUUUGGAUAAUUUAUCAACAUUUUUCAUGUGCUUUGAGAAUAAACGCUGGGAAUGGUUAUUUAUGAAAGAGCCAGAUUUGAUGCUCAAGUAUAGCGUACUCAUGAGCUUUAUAGUUUUUGUAUGCAUUUUUCUCAUACAAGUCCUCGACAAAGCAUCUGGAUUUUACUUUUGGAUGGUAAUGGUGGCCUCUGGAAUUAUACUAUUUUGUUUUAUACCAAUAACAUGGUUUCGAAAGAUAUGGGACAUAUAUACACCAUACUCAUCCGAGGAUUUAUUACGAAUUCGGAAACCAAGGAACAUUUUCUUACGCAAACUUUAUGAUUUUUCUAAUAGUGUCAUGAGCAGCUUCUCUUUCAGAACAAUUAUUUAUCUUGUAACAAUCGCAAUUUUGGUAACAUGCUCGUUAGCGUACUUGAUCGAGUGCAAUUAUGAAAUUAUGGACAUGCGUAAAGAAUUUUGUACCAAUUCAUGGUCUGUUAGUCAGUGUCUAACACUUGCAAUUGGAAUGGCAUUUAUGUUUUUAAGAAUUCAUUAUAUAUUGAAAGCAGUAUGUGGAUUAACCAUUCUACUUUUCUACUCGUGGGCAAUUUUCGAUGAGCUGCAUUAUAUUUAUGAAAAUAGCGCUAGCAUGAAUCCCGGAAUGAAUCCCAAAGUUGCGCAUUUGUUGCUAGUGGUAUUUACAGUGAUCGUAUUUCAAUGGAUUGAUCGCCAAUCAGAAUACAUCGCUAGGGUCGAUUAUAACUGGAAAAGGCAACUUCUCAAACAACAGGAAGAAGCGGAAGUCACGAAACAAACCAAUAAAAUCUUAGUGGAAAACAUUCUUCCUACACAUGUGGCUGAAAUUUACAUAAAUCGCCAAUUGAAAAAUGAAUUCUACAAUGAGGACUACAAAAAUGUAGCAGUAAUGUUUGCAACAAUCACAAAUAUGGAUAUAAAUACGGAUAUAUCGGUAGAAAACGAAAAAAGUGUGUUAAAAGUACUGAACGAGAUUAUAUGUGACUUCGAUGAAAAACUACAAUAUUUUGAUGGAUAUCUUAAAGUAGAAAAAAUUAAAGUUGCCGGAUGGACAUACAUGGCAGCAUGCGGGUUGGAUCCUGGUCGAUGUGAUUCGUCAUCUUCGCUUGGGCCUUAUCGUUCCGUGUCAGGAAUCACGAGAACUUCAUUGAUGACAAAUGGUCGAAGGAGCCUGAACCCCAGAACAUCAGAUAUAUCGCCACAACUGCCCAGUAGAAAUAAUUCUAGUACAAGACAUACUAACAAUGUGACUAUUGUGAUGACAGAAUUUGCUUUAGAAUUAAUGAAAGUUUUGCGCGAUUUCAGCAUAGAAAAUUUCAAACAGACAAAUCCUGGCUUACUAAGAAUAGGCAUCUCCAAUGGAAAAGUAAUGGCAGGAGUAGUAGGCUCUAGCAAACCUUUAUACGAUAUAUGGGGUAAUGCCGUAAACAUGGCAUCAAGAAUGGAUUCUACAGGCAUUCCGGGAAGAAUUCAAGUAACUAAGGAGAGUGCUGAAAUAUUACAAAGCUAUGGAUAUCUUUGUGAAUACCGAGGACAAAUAUUUGUGAAAGGAAGAGGAAAAAUUCCAACUUAUUUUGUAAAUAUAAACGACAACUUUGAACUUGUUAAAUCCGCGCCAACUGACGAUGCUUCAACGAAACUUUAAAUCUUGAAAAACAUUUAGUCAUCCCUAGAUACACAAACUUCCCUCUUCCUUUUGACAAGCGCUGUAUAAUCCACACGUCACAAGGACCGGCAAUCAAGCUACAUACAAUAAGUGAUAUUUUCGUUAAAGAACGCCAAAAAUGUCUAAGCGAAGUGUAGCAAAAAAAGAUGAUCGCGAG